AUGUGGAGCGCAUGGCCGUGGACCAAAAGGGGCGGAUCGGGCUAUCCACAACGCGAGUGCUUCUUCUGCCGCACCACGAGCACCAUCCUGCCUCCUUACACGCCGGACUCGCCUUUGGACGGGAGCCAUGCUGGCCACACCGAUGGUCAGACUUCUCAGCUGGCCACAACGUCAACAGCCACCAUCUCGACGGGAACGCCCUCCAACUGGUACUGCUCCAGCUGCCACUGCCAGAACGUAGCCACGCAGGAUGGAGAGCCGGUGCAGCAAUAUACGCGCCCAAUGUGGGACGAAGCGUGGAAUCGCGACCGCAAUCAGCUCCUACGACACACGCGACCGAGAGCGCUCACGACUCCGAAGCGCACUGUGGCAUCAACAGCACGCUCGAUACAGCCUAGCAGCACGCCACAAGAUGGUGACCGGUUCGUGUUCUGCCAUACGUGCCAGACCAACCAGGUUCUCACGCUCAACAUGCUUGCCGACUACCUGCCCAGCGAGGAUGAUCCCGGGUACGAGGCGAAACUCGCGCAGCUGCCAGAGUACGAGGCAUCGAUCGCAACCAGAUACCCGCCCGUGUGCGCGCAGUGUGCGCCCCGGGUGCAGCAGCGCAUCUCGGAGCGCGACGGAUAUGCGCGCAGCUGGAGCCUGGGCAAGUGGCUCGAGCUCAAGAAGAAGGCGAGCAAUGCGGACGUUGCAGCUGCGUCUCAGCUAGGAUCUCCCGCUAAGAGCAAUACUCCGUUGCGAGCUGCCGCACUCUCGAAGGGCGGCCCGACGCCUGUAGAGCAACAACAUGGCGAUCCACCGUUGCGUGCAGCGAGCCUUUGGAGCGCGACAAGGACAUCGACAUUCGCAUGGAUACUCUUUGCGUUCAUCACUGGCAGUACAUGGGGCGUCUAUCUGCUCGCUGCUUUGCAUCCGGGUGCGGUGCUGCGCGGGAUGGAUGAAAUGUGCGAGGCGGGACCGAGGGGAGCGCUGGUUGUGGCGUCGGUGGGGUUGCUGCUGCUACACUGCGUACGAGUGCAACCGCUGCAGCGAUCGAUUGGAUCGGCACACGCGCGCAACAUCCGCGUCCAAGUGCACGGCCUUGGCACAUGGCGCGCCACGCAGCGGAUCAUGCUCACGCUUCGCACGACAGUGCUCGUUCUGGCGAUGUGGCGAUUUGGGCAUCCGCAUUCACUCAUCUCAGCGCUGCGGCGAGUGACUGCGACGGACCGAGACGGAGUGGUGUUGUUGCGGCAAGCGGCGGCUGCGCUGCUGACGAGCGAGAUGGGACUUACUGCGUACGCUGCGUGCCAGCUCACAGUGCGGCUGCCGAAACCACUGCAGCUCGUGUCGCAGCCCAUCGUGGCGACCGACCAUCAGGGCCACUCGGUGACGGAUCCGCUCCUCACGAGUCUCAGUCUGGACGAUCAGCCCAAGCCCAACUGCUUCGCUGCUGCUUCAACAAGUGGUUCGUUUCAAGACGCGUUGGGCGACGACGGCGUCGUGGCGGUGCCGCGUGUGCUGCGCGAUGCGGAUGGCGACGCGGUGAUGGAAGAGGUGGCAACGUACAGUGCACGACGUCGGAUGUCGAGCUCAUCCGACGAAGACAUGGACGACGUGGCGCGUAGGCCGGGUGCGAGCUGGACCAACGUCGCCGCCAAACCACCACGACCAGCUGCGGGCGCAAGCAGCGCUUACGGCCACUUCCAACUCGGGCCGCAGCGCUUCUGGGAGCCGCAGAAUCCGACGGGCCUCGAAGAUGUGUUUGGCCGAGCCGUUUCGCUCGACGACGCGCCCGAGCGCACCCGUCAAGACGAGGCUCGCAAUGCGUCGGCCAGGUGGAGCCAGUGGUUCGGCUUUGCCUGA